AUGCAGCAGUCUUUUGACGUAUGCAAUUAUUACUUCAGGGAGUUGACUAAUAAGGUUAUAGCUGAAUCUGGAAUAUCGACUGAUGGAGAGCAUCUUGGAAAAAUAAUCAUACGAUGUCUCAAAGAAACACCGAAUUUUUUAGCACAGAUAGACGGAGGAACAGGUGAGACGGAAACGAAUAAGUCAGUUUUGGAGAGGACGGUAAUGUGUUCUGCUAGUUUCAUAAAUUUUGGCCUGAAAUACCAAGACGUUGUAAUGGUCAUAGCACCGAACCAUCUUCACAUCAGUAUUCCAUUAUACGCCGCGUUCUGUACUGGAGUAGUUUUCGCUGGAAUAGACUUUACCUUGGGAGAGAAUGAGUUAGCGGACACAUUUAAAUCGGGCCAGCCAAAAAUGAUAUUCUGUCAGAACUCGAAUCUGCAAAUAGUUCGUAAAGCACUUGCAAGAAUAAAAGGUAAUGCUGAGAUAAUUACGUUCGACGACGGGCAAUACUGUAUGAGUUUUACAAAAUUCAUUUCUAAAUACAGUGGCAAUACUACCGUUGAAAAUUUCAGGAUUUGCGAUUUUGACCCAGUUGAAACCAUAGGAUUGUUAGUCGCUACUAGCGGUUCCACAGGCUUACCUAAAGUAGCUGUACUAACUCACCAGAAUAUAAGUGUUGGUUUCAUUCAAAAUGGGAAAGGUUUCUCAAAAGUUCCUCAUCCAUUUGAUAUAGGUUUGGUGAUAUCUCCAAUUCAGUGGAUUUCAUCAACUUUCCAGAUAGUAAUGUCACCAAUUUUGAGAUACACAAGAUUACAAACAUCAACUCAACUGUCUACUGAACACGUUUAUUACUUAAUCAAUAAAUAUAAGCCAAAGUAUACCAUCUGUAGUCCAACAUAUUUGACAACUUUACUUAGAAGUGAUCAGCAUCAUGAAUGUGAUUUCACAUCGUUCCAAUAUAUGUUAAUUGGUGGAAGUGCUGUGUCCAAAGAACUUUACUCAGACCUAAAGAAAGUUAGCCCGAAUGUAAUAAUACAAGUGGGUUACGGUAUGAGUGAGGCGUCCGGUAUUGUAUUUUCACCAUACUACGUACCUCUGGGUUCAAUUGGAAGACCAAUGGAACAUGUUGAUUGGAAACUCGUGAACCCUGAAACAGAAGAAAUAAUUCUUGAACCAAAUAAGCCUGGAGAGAUACGAUUAAAAGGAAGAUCUAUAUUUAAAGGUUAUUACAACAAUCUUGAAAUGACCGCACAGGCUUUUGACGAAGAUGGCUGGUUAAAGUCGGGAGAUAUUGUAUAUAGAGAUGAAAACUACAAUUUCUUUUACGUGGAUCGACAAAAGAUACUGCUUAAGUACAGGAAUCAUCAGGUAUCACCUUUAGAAAUAGAAAAUGUUAUAUUAAAACACCCGGGAGUUAUGGCUGUGGCGGUAUCAGGAAUACCACAUCCAGAAUACGGUGACCUUCCAGUAGCUUUUGUGGUUAAGAAGAAUGGUCAUGAUCUGACCGAGCAAUGUGUCAAAAAUCUGGUCAAAGAAUCACUUACGGAUUCGAAACAGUUGAGGGGAGGCGUUAUUUUUAUGGACGACCUACCUGUGACAUCGACAUCAAAGAUAGACCGAACAAAAUUAAAGAAUUUUGCAGUAAACAUGGCAAAAUGGAUAAGAAGCAGGAAUGCAGUAAACAUGCACCUACAAGAACUAUCUUCAAGAAUAGUGGCUGAUUCUGGUAUACCAACUGACAGAUAUCAUUUAGGAAAACUAAUAUUACAAAGUCUUAAAGAUGCACCUGACUAUUUAUCACAGAUUGAUGGGGCCACUGGAGAGACUGAAAACUUCGAAUCAGUUCUGAAGCGAUCUGUUCGAUGUGCGACAGCAUUAAAGAAUUUUGGGCUAAAACAGGGAGAUGUGGUGGUUUUGAUGGCACCAAACCACAUACAUCUAUGUAUACCGAUGUACGCAGCAAUGUACAUUGGAGCAAUUGUUGCAGGAAUUGAUAUGAAUUUAAAAAUCAAUGAACUUAAGGAUAGUUUCAACAUAAACAAGCCGAGAAUAAUAUUUUGCCAAACCGAAAAAGCUGCAGAUGUUAAUUUGGCUUUAAGUUCUUUGAAUAUUGAUGCUAAAAUAGUGACAUUUGAUAAAGGGAGCGAUUACUUGAAUUUUCAUCAAUUUGUUGAUAAAUAUGGCGACGAUACUCCAGUUGAAGAAUUCAAAGCUACCAAUCUGGAUCCAAACGAGGCAAUAGCUUUACUGAUCUCAACAAGUGGAACUACAGGUUUACCAAAGUCGGCUGCUGCUACACAUGCAAACUUUGCAAUUUCAGCCGCUAAUAUGUGUCCAAAUAUGUGGGCUACGCUCUUCAAGAAGGGAGAUCGUGAUAAAUGCGACUUAAGUUGUUUCGAUCAUAUUAUGGCCGCCGGCAGUGCUAUACCAUCCACACUCUUCGAUACUAUAAACACGGUCGUUCCAGAAACGGUUUUCAUACCAGCGUAUGGUUUAAGCGAGAUAUCGGGAAUCGCAUUUAUUUAUGACAGCACAAAUCCAAGGUCGGUAGGGAGACCGGCGAUCACUCAUGAAAUUCGGUUGGUUUCACCGCAAACAAAAUUAGAUGUGAUGGAACCCAACGUUCCUGGAGAAUUAUUUAUAAAAGGACCAGCCGUUUUUAAAGGCUAUUACAAUGAUGCAAAGAGUACAGAAGAUAGCUUUUCAGAUGAUGGUUGGUUCAAAACUGGUGAUAUGUUUAAGAGGGACGAGAACUGGUACUUCUAUUUUGUGGAACGAAUCAAGAUGUUGCUGAUACAUAAAAAUUAUCAGGUUUCCCCUUUGGAAAUAGAGAAUGUAAUAAUAAAGCACCCAGCAGUAUUCGAAGUUGCGGUAACUGGUGUUCCACAUCCUGAACAUGGUGACCUGCCCGUGGCUUGCGUGGUUAAACAUAAGGGCAGUACUGUAACUGCCAAAGAAAUUAAAGACAUGGUCGAAGAAACAUUAUCGGAACAAAAGCACUUGUCUGGAGGCGUGAUAUUUUUGGAUGCACUACCAAUGACUUCGACGUCUAAAGUAAAUAGGUCCGAACUUGCGGCCUUAGCUCGAAUUUCCGAAAGACUGUAA